AUGGAGUCCGCCUCUUUCUACCGCGACCAGAAGGCCGCCUCCAAACAUUUCGCCGGUGGACGCCCCCACACGCACACUGACCUCAGACAUUUGCGCCAGAAUAGCACCAAGGAUGACAAAAUUAUGGUAACAGAGGCACCUUGUGGGAGGUUCGGAUACAUGGUGUCCAUUCGCGAUCGCGCAGAUGAGCAUAAGUGUGGAGGGGUGCUGGUGGAGCCACAGUGGGUCCUCACGGCUGCCCACUGUGUAGACCCAGAUUUGCCAGAGUCUGCUGGGCCAGCACCUGUUCUUGUGAUUGGGGCGUGCAACCUCCGGGACAUGAAGAAAAAUGCAAAUGGGAAGUUGGAGAUCUACACUCCCAAGGAGACCAUCCUGCAUGGAAACUGGACGGGUGACCCUGCCAAUGGUAACGACCUUGCACUGUUGCACUUGAGGAAUCCCUCCAGACAUGAGCCAGCCUCACUUCCCCAGGGAGUCUUCAAACUUACUGAUGGGGACGCCCUUGUAGCACUUGGCUGGGGGCUUCAGAAAGAAGGACCCCAUGCGGGGGACCUCCAGGUGGCUGAGGGCAUCGAAGUUACACCCAUUGGUGCCUGCCAAAAUGAAGGUGUCUGGGGCGAUGUUGUGCAAGACUCCAUGAUAUGUGCAAUUAGUUUUCAAAGUCAGGACACCUGCAAAGGUGACGAUGGCAGCCCCUUGAUGCACCCUUUUGCCCCUGGCGGCAAUUUGACAACCGGCCAACCUGACAUUGACGUCGUCGUUGGCAUCAAAUCGUUUGGGGAAGCUGACAAGAAGUGCAGCAGGACCACCCUUCCGUCUGUCUUCAUCAGUGCUGUGAGUUUUCGAGACUGGAUAAUUGCGAACAUGGAGGGCAGCGUCGAUCAGGAACAACAACAAGAGGAGCUUGACGAGAUUCUGUACGAAAUGGCGUCCGGCCCGGAGAACGCAUCCACAAAGGCCCUUGUCGACGACCUCCUCUCUAAAGGAGCCAAUCCCGUCUGGUGCUGUGACAGCGACGGCGACACGCCGCUGCAUCAGACCGCCCAAAGUGACAACGCCAUUGUCGCGUCGGCACUCAUCGCCGCCGGCGCCGAAAUCGAAGCGAGGGACGAUGACGGGGACACGCCCCUGUCUGACGCUGCCUACUUCAACGCCUCUCGCGUUGCGCAGAUCCUGGUAGACGCCGGAGCCGACGUGAGCGUGACCGAAGACUUCGGCGAAACGCCCCUGGGCGUGGCGGCGAAGAGGGGCAGCCUGGCGACAGCCCGGGUUCUCCUCGCGGCGGGGGCGGACCCCGACGCCUGCUGCGACCAGUUUGGCGACAGGCCCCUCCACCAGGCCACAGAGACGGACAGCCACGAAAUCGUGCUGGCCUUGAUCGAGGCGGGCGCAAACAUCAGCGCCAGGGAUUCCGACGGGGACACGGCCCUUGGCGACGCAGCGAUAUUCAACGCCGCCCGGUCGGCCGAGGUGCUCAUUGAGGCCGGCGCUGACGUGGACAGCAAGCAGGAUGACGGAUACACAGCGCUGCACCUGGCCGCCUUGGACGGCAACGUGGAGGUGGCGGACGUGCUGAUCGCGGCGGAUGCGGACGUGAAUGUCGGGAAUGUGACGGGGGCGACCCCGCUGCACGUUUCGGCGCAGUUUAAUGGGGUGCGCUGA